GAGUUCAGUUUAUGUAGAAUCGUCUGUUCGAUCUUUAUAGAGCACGUAGUAUUAUUGGCUAUUUGUGUUCUAUUUUUAAUUUAUUUCUUUUAAAUCAUUUCGACGUGUUACAAUUUUAUCGAAGAAAUGUCAGGUCUUAGCCAACAUCCGCUUGUUGCCAAAGCUGAAGAAGUCGCCGAUGAGGUGCUUAGACGGACCAAAACAAUUUUGCCCACUUUGGCCAGGUUGUGUCUGAUUUCCACUUUCCUCGAAGAUGGAAUUCGUAUGUACUUCCAAUGGAACGAACAGAGGGAAUACAUGGACAUCUCCUGGGGAUGUGGCAAGUUUUUAGCCACAAUGUUUGUAAUCAUCAACUUGUUUGGACAGCUUGGUGGUUGUUUCAUGGUUCUGCUACGUUGGAAAGUUGACAUUGCCUGCGCCCUACUUUUUGGAAUUGUCUGCAUGCAGACUGUAGCAUACAGCAUACUAUGGGAUCUUCAAUUUUUGUUCCGAAAUCUGGCUUUGAUUGGAGCUCUCUUGCUUGUCCUUGCUGAAAGUAGGCAGGAAGGAAAGUCACUUUUUGCUGGUGUUCCCACUCUGGGUGAUAACAAACCAAAGAGCUAUCUCCAGCUCACUGGCAGAAUCUUGUUGGUCUUCAUGUUUGCCACUCUUCUCCGAAUGGAGUUUUCAUUCAUGCAGAUCCUUCAAAAUGUUGUUGGCUCUGUUCUCAUGUUGUUGGUCACUGUGGGUUACAAGACAAAGUUGUCUGCAUUGAUCUUGGUUGUGUGGCUUACCACCUUAAACUUCUACUUGAACUGCUGGUGGACUAUCCCUGGUUACAAGGCCAUGCGCGACUUCUUAAAAUACGAUUUCUUCCAGACUCUUUCAGUCAUCGGCGGAUUGAUGAUGGUCGUUUCGUUAGGACCAGGCGGCGUCUCUAUGGACGAGCACAAGAAAAAGUGGUAGGGGAUUCUUCAUUGCUCAUUGGAAAUCAAGGAUACAGCCAUAAACAUCAAGCAAUCACAGGGCAAGGGGGAGUCGUUUUUAUCUUUGAGACUUCGAAUAUGACAUCUAGCAAAACGAUAUUACAGUGUUGCAUAGCUUCAUCAGCUUGGUAAAUGCACAAAACACGGUUCUGGCCCUUCCCUUAAUUUAGGAAUUACUGAGAAUGUUCCCUUUUGCCUAUUGCAAAAUUUUAUCCCUUUUGAUUUAGAUGUUAAAUUUUAUUUUAGAGUUUUUUUAUCUAAAGAGCCCAUAUAGUUUCAGUUCACGUGUGCAGAAUUUACAUUCCCUUACUUCUCUGCUCUCAUAAUGCUCCGAUUUAUUUAAGUUUUUGCUUAAUUCAGAAGCCAGUGGUGUAGUUAAUUUUACAAAAUGUGUUCAGUGAACGAGGGAAUUGUGAUUUUUGUGUCUUGCGGUGAACAUGAAAUGGGGCUUCCUCAAACUUAUGUGGGGUUCUUUCAACGUGCAUGUCAGCCCAAUGUGAAAUGAUUUUAUCUUUCUGAAUUACCUUGUACAACGUGAAAUAAAUUGGAAGAUUGUCAAGUAAA